GCUGGAAUUCUAACUUCGGAUUAAACGAACUAAGUAAUAAAUAAAGUUAUUUGAAAAUGUUGCAAUUGAUUGAAAGUCUGAAUAGCAUUUGAAAAUGAGCGAUAUUUUCGAGUGUUGCAUCUGCCUGGAAACGCUAGAAAACCCAAAAGCCUUAUUUUGCGGACAUUCUUACUGCUCGUAUCCAAAAGUUUGUCUGCAGGGAGUUUUGACCAGUCAAGCGAGACUCUGUUCAAAAUGUCGUCGGCCGAUUGAUGGCUCCAUCAGAGAAGACAAUGAUCUGUCAAUCAACUUUGACUUGAAAGCCGCAAUUGAGGCGACAAAAGCGAAUCGAAAUCACGCGGAAGUGCAAGAGAUUCAAACACCUGAAAAUGCAUUAUGUGCACUCCACAAAAAGCCACUCAUAAUGUUUUGCAAAAACAUUGAGUGUUCGGCAGCAGUUUGUCAACUCUGUUGGAGUAAAGAUCAUAUUGGGCAUCAAAUUGUCCCGCUUGAAAUUGUUAUGGACGAAUUAGCUCAGAAUAUAUUUUGUAAAUGGGGAAAAAUUGAAGAAUAUCAAACAAAGUUCAGAGCCUUAGUUGAUAAAUCUGUCAACGCCAAUGAAGAUGUUUUGUCGACACUUGAAAAAAUAGACAAACUUGUGCUUUCGAAAACGGAUCUGCCAGAAGCACAAAGUGUUCAGGAAUUGGAUUUGUUCAGGCAAAAUACUUUCGAAGAGCUGAAAAAACAAAGAGAGAUCGUUAAACGGGCUGAACAGAAUGCUAUUUCUGUCACGGAGGCGUUCAAGGAAGUUACUGAUUGUUUGGACUUAGCGAUGGACACUUUCCGUGAAGAGCAAGCUACGGGCAGUAGUUCCCGACAGUUAAGUUCACUGAAUAAUGAUAUAAGUGAAAUAUGCAGAAGUCUAAAUGUUUCAGAGCGAGAUAGUGUUGAUUCUCAUCCGUCUAGGAUACGGGCUGAAACAGCGCGUGACCUAACUUUAGAAGUGGGCGCUCAAGAAUCCUUCCGAAGACUUGGAAAUUUGAAAUUGAGAGAUCUUCGCAGAGGAACAGCGACGACUGAAUUGUUUCCUAGGAGAGCAAUUCCCACUUCAGUCUUUUGUCCGAUAAACGGAGAACUGUAUCGUCGAGAGAAGGAAAUAAUUGUGUUCAAAAUCGUCCAGGAUACUUUGCAGAAGCAAAGAAGCUUUCAAAUUGAAGGAAUGACUGGACUUAUGGCACUCCUGGGAGCUCCUGUGUUUGGAAAUGGAAACUUAUACCUUAUUAGGGUAGUACAACGAGGUGUCUUUGGUCGUGCGUACAGCGAAAAACAACUAGUUGUGGUUGGACAGGCAAAUGGGGAAAUAUUGAGGACUGUGGACACCUCAAAAUCUAACAAAAAAGCCGGUUGGACCCUUGUUGCUCACAAAAACAUCCUGGUAAUAUUAGAAAGUCAACUUAGAGAACUGAAGUGUGCUCAUGUUUACGAAAACGAAGUCCACACAAAAACUGUUCAGCUUCAUCAAGUUCCAGUUCUAAAAUUUUGUCUUCCUGAGUAUUCUACUUUGUGUGGAAGCAGCUAUCUUUUGUUCAGCCAUAGGAAGCACAACGCGGCAGCUGUUGUUGAUUUGAACCAUAUUGGAUCCAAAGCAAAAACCAAAACAAUCAGCUUUGAUCAAAUCAGCACUAUUCAAUCGCUAGUUUGGAUGGGGAGAGGAGAACAAACGCCAGGAGAAGGGUACGUUUUUGCCACUAGCACCGAACCGGCUGAAAACUGGUAUAGAAUUAAUUCUCAAGUAUAUGAAGUGAACUUGAACACUGUAGCUGCUGGAAACUCAAUCACACCAAUGCCGAUCCCCUUCAUGGUCACUUACGGCUCUAAAAACGUUUUUUUCGAAUGUUCGAUGGGAGAAAACGCAAUUUUGUGCUACGAUUUGUGUGGAAAAAACACUCGUGACUACUCAAACCGUGACGGUUGCGCCUUGAAUGUUUUGCACUUGAAAAAUUUCAACAAUCAGUAACUGUGAAUCAACAAACAGCAAUCACAAUCAUGUUUUAGCCACAAUUUACGUAACUGUUAAUUUACUUGUGGAGGAUAUAAAUAGAAAUAAAAUUUAUUAAUUAA